AAUGCAGGUUUGGAGCACCCUCUCCUGGAGGAAUGCAGUUUGCAAACCCAGACACAGAACCCGGGCGGUUGGGCGCUGGAGCCCCAAGCAAUCAGAGGCCGCUCCAGAGUCCUUUGUCCUCCUGACUCUGAUUACCUGACGCUGCCUGCUUAACGCGGAAAUCCUGGACUCCCGGAAAACACGACUCAUGUGAGGGCGGAAGUGCAUUUCAGAGGCCUCAGUGAGGGCGGAAGGAGAUGUUCUAGCGGAAGUGGCUCGGAUAAGGACGGAAAGUAGUGUGCCGGUGGCGAGGUGGCUUGUGUCCCGCCGGGCUGCUGCGCCUUGGGUUGUCGACAUGGAACUCAGCGCCACUUCCCUGCGGGACAAGCUGCAGAGGGACCUGGAGGCGGACCACGUGGAAGUGGAGGACACGACUCCGAACCGUUGUGCGACGAGCUUCCGAGUGCUCGUGGUGUCGACUAAAUUCGAGGGGAAGCCACUGCUUCAGAGACACCGGCCUAGCCCCCUCUUGGGUGCUCCAGCCGGCCCUGGCCACUCCCGGAUCCCCACGAGGCGCCCAGGUCUGCCUGCCCAGAAGCAGGUGAGGAGCGCCGGUGCAAAACCCCGGGCUCCAGGAAGGCCGCCUGGCCCAGGUAAGCCCGGAGAGGGACGCCCUGGACCCUGGGUGGGCGCCCAGGAGGCCACCGCCCCGCCCGCCGCCUCCCCCACCCAGGUACCAGGCCCGGAAACCACGGAAAGGGGAACUUGCUCUUUUCUUAUGUUGCUGUCAACCCCUUCCUGUACCCAAGCCUAGGGCAGCUGCUCCGUCCCCACCCGGCCUCGGCCUCCGCCGACCAUUCGGGGAACUCGCGCCCGCGGCGGCCCCGGCGCGUGCCCACCUCCAUCUUGGGCGCCGCGGCCCUCGGCCCGCACCCGGGGUCCCCGUUCCCCUCCGCGGCCGCUCACGCGCCUCGGCCCGGCCCUCCCGCGGGGUGACCCGCAGAGGUGGCCCUGACAGCCGCCGCCCGGCACGCGGCC